AUGGAUUUCAUACAUGUACCUCACAACUUGUAUCAGAUUAUUCUUAUGAUUGUAAAUCUUGGGCUUCAACUACUAUGGUACUUUCUGCAAAUCAUUAUCAGCACAUGGUAUUACAUAUCAGCCGUGGUUAAUUUGUUUGAAAGCUAUUUCAUCUCUUAUGGAGUAUUGAAAAAAUACAAGUCUCUUCGUAUAGGAAAGCUUCGGUACCUUGCCAUUGUCAUAGAGAGUGAAGAUGCUUAUCAAACUUCAAAGGUUGUUAAACUUUUGCAGUGGCUGGACUCAAUUGGUGUUAAAAAUAUAUGCCUCUAUGACAUGAAUGGAGUGUUGAAAAAGUCAAAGGUGGCCAUAUUUCAAGAAAUGAAGAAUGCAAAAUCCAUAGAGGAAGUUAAUGAAGCUGUGACACACCAUGUAUCAGAUCACAUGACCCUAGAAUUUGUUUCUUAUGUUGAUGGGAAGGAAGCAGUGGCCAAAGCAGCUAACUUGAUUUUUGUUGAGAAUUUGAAACGACAUAAUUUUGGUGGAGAACUGGAUUGCCAGAUACCGUUAGAGUCUCACCUGAAUCAGGCGCUGCAAAUUGUUGGUUGCAAAGGCCCUGAACCUGACCUUUUACUGGUUUAUGGCCCUGUUAGGAGCCAUCUUGGUUUUCCUGCAUGGAGAAUUCGGUAUACAGAGAUAGUGCAUAUGGGAUCACUGAACUUCAUGAGACACGGUUCCUUAAUUAAAGCCAUUUACAACUUCAUAAAAGUGCAUCAAAAUUAUGGUACAUAG